AUGCGAACCAUCUAUCAAUCCAAGUUCUCUCUAUCAAACCAACCUACAAAUUCUACCUCAACCACAAUCACAACAACCACCACAACACUACCGAAAUCCAGAAUGAAGACCAAUAUCCUUAUCCUCCUGGCUACACUGACAGCCAGCGUCAUGGCCACCCCAACCGCCAAUGCGGAAGCCAGCGAAAUCUUCGAACGCUCCGGCAGCUGUUACCACCCCAGCUCAUGCAGCCGUUCCUGGGCUGGGAAGUGCGAGGAUUACUGUGGUAGCCGCGGUUUCUCGCAUAUGACCGGUGACGGCUGUGGAUGGCUUGCUAAGAAGUGUUGCUGUAGCAAGUCGUAA